AUGGUGCAAAGAACCAGACCAGAAGAUGACGACUGGCAGACCGUCAAGGAUGCUAAGAAGCGCAAACAAAUCCAAGAUCGGUUAGCUCAGAGAGCACGCAGAAGACGUCUUCGCGAAGCCAAACGUAGUGAAAGUUCCGUACAACAAUCCUCCACGCAGCAUUCAAGUCGAACGUCAGACAACGACUCAUCGCCCAUAGGUUGUGUCCAAAACGUCAGCGAGCUCGCCGUCAUCGACUCGAUCUCCAACAGCACGUACACAUCGUCACUAGAAGCCUUGGAUAGCACGACACCACACUGGCAGAUCAUCGACCUCGACCUCCCAGAGCUAGCCUCGGACCCCAACGACACCAUUCUCUCAGACCCAGACCUACUCCCCAACAACCUCCACUUACCCCUACCCUCUCCCGAAGCCCUACAGCUCCAACUACCACUAAACGUCUUCACUGCACUCUUCAUGAACGGCCAGAUCCUCUCUCUAGCCUGCGGCACCCUACUCGCCUCCAAGUCCCCACCUGCAAACCCAUCGAUUCCCGUCCCGCUCCGCCCCACGGCCUCGCAGCAGCUUACCGUGCACUUCCAAUGGAUCGACCGGCUUCCCUUCCCCAAGCUACGAGACUCGCUGAUCCGGCUGCAGGGCGUAGUGGAUCUCGAGGAGUUCCUGAACGACAUUUUCGUCCUGCCGAGUUUCAAGAUCAGGGCUGGCGCCGCGUGUUGGGAUCCGCGGGCGUGGAGCAUGGAGGCUGGGUGGGCGCGGAAGUGGGGGUGGUUGUUCUUCUGA